CGUGUCGCGAAAGAAAAAUUCGCACUAGCGCCUCCCCACCCCACCUGCCCACAUCAGCACCACGCCAUCGCGCCCCGCCCGAGCGCCAGCGACGGUCGCCAUCCCUGCUUCGCCGCCGCCGCCGCCAUGCGCCGGUUCGCAGCCGACAGGGCGCGCCGCGCGGUGGCCGCGUCCCUGCGGGGCGCCGCCUCCUCCAGAUCAGCCGCUCCGUCGCCCCUCGCUCCGGCGCCGCGCUAUCCAGCUCCUCCCGUGGGGGCGGCGGCGAUGGCGGCGGCCCUCGCCAGGACCAUGUCCACGGCCGCCGCGGGAACGCCCCCAGUGUCGAUGGAUACCAUCAACCCCAAGGUCUUGAAGUGUGAAUAUGCAGUUCGAGGAGAGAUUGUUACACAUGCUCAGAACUUACAACAAGAAUUACAGAAAAAUCCAGAUUCACUUCCUUUUGAUGAGAUACUUUACUGCAAUAUUGGGAAUCCCCAAUCCCUUGGCCAACAGCCAGUUACAUAUUUCAGAGAAGUCCUCUCUUUAUGUGAUCAUCCAGGUCUCUUGGACAAAAGUGAAACUCAUGCUCUAUACAGUUCAGAUGCUAUAGAGAGAGCAUGGCAAAUUCUGGAGAAGAUAGCAGGAAGAGCGACGGGAGCCUAUAGCCAUAGUCAGGGUAUAAAAGGUUUGCGUGAUGAAAUUGCAGCUGGAAUUGCUGCCCGUGAUGGGUUUCAUGCCAGCGGAGACAACAUCUUCCUAACAGAUGGAGCAAGCCCAGCAGUGCACAUGAUGAUGCAAUUGUUGAUAGGGUCUGAGAAGGAUGGCAUUCUCUGCCCUAUUCCACAGUACCCACUGUAUUCUGCAUCGAUUGCUCUUCAUGGGGGUUCCCUUGUUCCUUAUUUCCUUGAUGAAGAGACAGGGUGGGGACUUGAGGUUGAUGAGCUAAAGAAACAACUGGAGGAGGCUCGAUCUAAGGGCAUCACUGUCAGGGCACUUGUUGUCAUAAAUCCUGGAAAUCCAACGGGACAGGUUCUUGCUGAGGAAAACCAAAAGAAAAUUGUCGAAUUCUGCAAGAAUGAAGGGCUUGUUCUUCUUGCAGAUGAGGUUUACCAAGAAAAUAUAUAUGUUGAAGAUAAGCAAUUCCACUCAUUCAAAAAAGUUGCACGAUCAUUGGGAUACACUGAUGACGAUCUUCCCUUGGUAUCAUUCCAUUCGGUUUCUAAAGGCUACUAUGGAGAAUGUGGAAAACGAGGUGGUUACAUGGAGAUAACUGGAUUCAGUCCUGAAGUACGGGAACAGAUUUACAAGUUGGCAUCAGUAAAUCUGUGCUCCAAUGUCUCAGGCCAAAUACUUGCUAGUCUUGUAAUGAACCCACCAAAGGCUGGGGAUGAAUCCUUUGAAUCAUUCAUGGUAGAGAGGGAUGGUAUCCUUUCAUCAUUGGCUCGCCGUGCAAAGGCUUUGGAAGAAGCAUUCAAUAGUUUAGAAGGUAUCACAUGCAACAAAGCCGAGGGUGCAAUGUAUCUGUUCCCACGCCUUCAUUUGCCCCAGAAGGCAAUUGGAGCUGCCCACGCAGCUGGCACUGCCCCAGAUGCAUACUACGCCAAACGCCUUCUAGAAGCCACUGGAAUUGUCAUUGUCCCUGGUUCUGGUUUUGGACAGGUCCCUGGAACAUGGCACUUCAGAUGCACGAUCUUGCCGCAGGAGGACAAAAUACCAGCAAUCAUAUCUAGUUUCAAGGAGUUUCACGAGAAGUUCAUGGAUGAGUUCCGUGAUUAAAUAUACAGACUUGUACCAAAACGUGCUGACACUGGGCGUCCACCUCAGACUCGGCAUACCAUCAGAUUUCUGUCAGAGGCAUUCUGUAAUUGUCUUUCUGAUGAAAUAAUAAGGUCACCCCUGGCAUCCCUUCAUCCUUUGGAUGCUACAACCAAAUUUUUCCCAGCUUUUGUUACAGGCAAAUGUUAGAUGAAACUUUACAGAAUCUCGAGCGUGGCAAAACCAUGCUUCUGUUUGCCUUGUGAUAAGUGUAAUUUAGGCUCAUGGCCCUGAUGUGUACAAACUUACCCGAAUUUUGAGGUCAAUUGAAAUUACUCAGCACAUCCCUGAAAUUCUACCUUA